CACUACAGUUCCCUCUGCCAGUUGUCAAUGUUCCAGCUGACCGCCACCCCGGCAAGUGCCCUUGCAGAUGAGCCAGUGCAUAUCCGAGUGACAGGCCUGUCCCCGUUGCAGAUAGUGACCCUCACGGCAUCCCUGAAGGAUGAGAAAGGGUAUGUGUACCAGUCUAAAGCCUUCUACAAGGCGAACGAGGUUGGCGAACUGGACCUAACAGAGGCUCCUUCAAUUGGAGGCGACUAUGUGGGGGUCCACCCGAUGGGUCUCUUCUGGUCUCUGAAGCCCGAGAAGGUUUUCCGGAGGCUGAUUAAGCAGGAUGUGAUGAACAGCCCCUUUUAUGUCACUCUGAACCUAUAUGACUCAGUUUAUUUGCAAGUUUCCACCACAGAUCAGCCUAGGGCCAGCCAGACGGUACAGCGCUGGUUCUCAGGCCCUGGCAUACAGCGGGUGCAGAUCCGAGAAGGUCGUGUGCGAGGAGCCCUUUUUCUCCCUCCAGGGGAAGGUCCUUUCCCAGGAAUCGUGGAUUUGUUUGGGGGCAGAGGGGGUCUGGUUGAAUUUCGGGCCAGUCUUUUGGCUACCCAUGGCUUUGCGGUGUUGGCAUUAGCAUAUUUUCUCUAUGAAGAUCUGCCUAAAACACUGGAGGAGAUCGACCUGGAAUAUUUUGAGGAAGCUGCUAACUGGCUAUUAGUUCAUCCCAAGAUCCAAAAGCCAGGAAUCGGAGUGAUCUCCGUGAGCAAAGGUGUAGAGAUCGCGCUGGCCAUGGCCUGCUUCAUGAAGCAGGUGGUAGCCACCAUCUGCAUCAAUGGGCCCAACGCCAUCUAUGAAUUUCCGCUCAGGUACAAAGAUCUGGUUAUAACACCCAUCCCCUCGUUUAUGGAGCGCGUGCAGAUUGACGUUUUAGGAGCUAUGCGCUUCCGCCACUACAAGGGGGACGCCCGGGAUGAACUGAAUCGGAAGAGUGUGCUUCCCAUCGAAAAGGCCCAGGGUGCGAUUCUCUUCAUUGUAGGAGACGGUGAUGAAUGCUUGAAUAGCAGGGAGUAUGCUGAGCAGGCCUUGGACCAGCUGAGGAGCCAUGGGAGAAACAAUGGAAGGAUGCUGGUAUACCCGGGGGCGGGCCACCUCAUAGAACCGCCCUACACACCCCUGUGUUAUGCUUCCCCACACAGGUUCGGUUCCGGGAUCCUGCUCUGGGGAGGGGACCCUGUUGCCCAUGCGGCAGCCCAGGAGCACUCCUGGGGAGAGAUCCAGAAAUUCUUCAGGGAACACCUUACUCAAACCAGAAGCAAACUCUGA